AUGGAUGCUGACAGUGUGCAAUCAAUGAGUGGCUUUAAACAACAAGUAGCCGCCGUGCCACAGUACGGAUUAAAACUCAAGUUCAACCAUGUCUUUAGCGACAACCGUAACCAAAACUUACGCCCAUCGAUCCGUCAGCUGCUUUCCAUCGUCCCGAUGGCUUUAAGAUACAUUCCAUACUAUUGGAGGGUUUCUCGCGAGGGUCGCCAAGUACUAAUGGACUACUGGUACACGGAGAACGGCAAGCAGAUCUACGGCGCUCCGCUCGGUGGCAUUGGCGCCGGUACGAUUGGACGCGGGUUCGCUGGCGAGUUCUGCCGCUACCAGAUGAAGCCGGGCCUAUACGAGUACAACACCGUACACGCCAACCAGUUCAUCGUAACCAUUAAGGACGAAGUUGGCGCCACUAUAUUUCAUAGUCUGCUAUCGACCUACAAAACCUGUUCCACUAACGAGCACAUGUCAUCGUACCGUGGUUCUGCCAAACCGCGUUAUUACAGCCGCCCAAAGAAUCCACUCGGAAGCUGGGAAAGUGCGCUGGAUGCUUCUAAGUGUAACUACACCGCACUGUACCCACGCGCCUGGUCUGAGUAUGACCUGAGCGAACACGGUAUUAGACUGGUACAGCGGCAAAUAUCACCUAUCAUUCCGCAUGAUUACAAGGAAAGCUCCUUGCCUUGUGGUGUUUUCGUUUGGAUGAUUGAGAACUUGUGCGACAAGGAUCGUCAGGUAACACUGACUUUUUCCUUCAAGAAUGGUACAGGUACGAAAAAACAAGAUGCUGAUGGAGGCAGUGAAACCAGCGUGUUUACACAGGGGAAUGCUCGAGGCGUAUCUAUACGGCAAACAAUUGCCGAUAUGCCAUGUACAUAUUGUGUAAGCUGCCGUGGUUCAUCAGAAAUCAAUCUGACUCGUUCCGUGCGGUUCGAUCCGACUACCAAUGGUGAAAAUCUAUGGAACGAUCUGAAAGAGCAUGGCCAUUUGACUGAAAAAUCCAACGAUGAAACGCUUAAGUCAAAAGAUGUUGCUGUUGCGGUGAGUGGGCAGAUUCUAGUACAACCUGGAACCACAUCUCAGCUGGAAUUUGCCCUCGUGUGGGAUAUGCCAAAGGUCCACUUCCAGAAGCGUGGCAAAGAAUAUUAUCGUUAUUAUACGAAAUACUUCGGGAAAAGUGGUGAUGCAGGGCCGAUGAUAUCGGAGUAUGCGCUUAACAAUUACGGAAAAUGGGAGCGAUUAAUCGAUGAAUGGCAGCGGCCAAUACUGGACGAUGCUGACCUGCCUGGUUGGUAUAAAAGUGCAAUCUUCAACGAAUUGUACUUUAUAGCGGACGGUGGCAGUGUGUGGUUCACGAUGGACGACCAAACCGACCUUCCGUACGAUGAUCCUCGACUAGCGUAUGGGCGUUACUCCUACCUUGAAGGUCACGAAUAUCGUAUGUACACAACGUAUGAUGUGCACUUCUAUGCGUCGCAUGCAAUAGCAAGUCUGUGGCCAAAUUUGCAGGUUAGCAUUCAGUACGACUAUAAGGAUAGUAUAGAGCGUGAAAUUACCGAGGGACGGAAGCAUCUGUAUGAUGGGAAGGUGAUUCCACGGAAGAUUAAAAACUCUGUACCGCAUGAUCUCGGUGAUCCUGCGGAAGAACCGUUCGAUCUUAUCAAUGCUUAUCCAAUCCAUGACGUGUCGGAAUGGCGUGACUUAAAUAUCAAAUUCAUUCUGCAAGUGUAUCGUGACUACUAUACACUCAAUAACUACGCGCAGCUGAGCGCGGAAAAUGCAAGCAAAUUCAGUUCGAUUGAAUUCAUCGACAAGGAAAGCAUAUAUGAUACGUACAUUCAAGAUAAUAGGAACAAACAAAAUAGAGGCAACUCACCGGACGAAAAUAAGGCCGAAAAUCGUAAGUCGGCUUCGAUGUACAUCAAUGAAACGAACGGCAAAGUGUAUCUGAUGGAUGCACUCACUUAUCUGAAAGUGAUGUAUCCUGCGUGUCGUUCGGUGCUUGAACGCUCUCUUGAAUGGGACAAGGACGACGAUGGAUUGAUUGAGAACAGUAAAUCGCCCGAUCAAACAUACGACACAUGGGUAAUGGAUGGUCCAAGCGCCUACUGUGGCGGAUUAUGGCUGGCUAGCUUACAUUGUAUGUCUGCUAUGGCCGAUUUGCUCGAUCAAAGCGAAGAUAGUGAUCGAUACAAGACAAUCCUCAACAAGGGGCGUGUGUCGUUCGAGGAAAAGCUUUGGAAUGGAACGUACUAUCGAUUCGAUGCUCAAAGCGGUUCAAAAAAUAGCAUUAUGUCGGAUCAACUGUGCGGACACUGGUAUCUUCGGGCCUGCGGAUUUGACUAUGAUGUGUUUCCAAAGGAAAACGUUCGCCUAACGAUGCGUACUAUUUACGAGAAUAAUGUGAUGCGAUUUUGUGGUGGACAGCUAGGUGCGGUCAAUGGGUACGUACCAAGUGGGCAACCAAACAAGGAUGGACGCCCCGAUACGUCCACCAUCCAGGGUGAGGAAGUGUGGACUGGUGUAACUUAUGCUCUUGCUUCGACAAUGAUACACGAGGGUAUGUACGAGGAAGCAUUUCAGACGGCUGGUGGACUUUAUCAGGCGCUUUCGGAGCGGAUCGGCAUGAACUUUGAAACUCCCGAAGCAUUGUACGCGGAACGACACUACCGUGCGAUCGGUUACAUGCGCCCACUCAGCAUAUGGUCUAUGCAGACAGCGUGGGAAAUGAAGAAGCUGCGUCGUGAUUAA